GUACCUGUAAAUACCUGUCAUCACAGCACAGGCUCGCCUCUCUGAAGGCAGUUCUGGAGUGGUUUCAAUCUGUUCAUUCUUUCUCUUUCACAUCCUAGCCUGGGAUUUACUCUAUAUUUAACUUCUGCUCACCUCUCUGGAAGAUUCUGGCCGGCGCCAUGACUGAUGAGGAGCUGUCUGCCUUGGUGGUGGACAAUGGGUCAGGGAUGUGCAAGGCAGGCUUUGGUGGUGACGAUGCCCCCCGAGCUGUGUUCCCCUCCAUGGUGGGGCGUCCCCGGCACCAGGGAGUCAUGGUAGGCAUGGGCCAGAAGGACUGCUACGUGGGAGACGAGGCCCAGAGCAAGAGAGGCAUACUGACCCUGAAGUAUCCCAUUGAACAUGGAGUGGUCACCAACUGGGACGAUAUGGAGAAGAUCUGGCACCACACUUUCUACAAUGAGCUCCGCGUGGCACCAGAUGAGCAUCCCAUCCUCCUCACCGAGGCACCCCUCAACCCCAAGAUCAACCGGGAAAAGAUGACCCAGAUCAUGUUCGAGGCCUUCAAUACACCUGCCAUGUAUGUGGCUAUCCAGGCUGUACUGUCCCUCUAUGCCUCCGGAAGGACCACAGGCAUCGUGAUGGAUUCUGGGGAUGGGGUCACGCACACUGUACCCAUCUAUGAAGGUUAUGCCCUGCCCCACGCCAUUCUACGUCUAGAUCUGGCUGGCAGAGACCUCACUGAUUACCUCAUGAAGAUCCUGACAGAACGAGGCUACAACUUCACCACCACAGCCGAGCGGGAGAUUGUUCGCGAUGUCAAAGAGAAGCUGUGCUAUGUGGCCCUGGACUUUGAGCAAGAGAUGGUCAGUGCUGCCACAUCCUCCUCACUUGAAAGAAGCUAUGAGCUCCCUGAUGGGCAGGUGAUCACGAUUGGGAAUGAACGCUUUCGAUGCCCUGAAGCCAUUUUCCAGCCUUCUUUUCUGGGCAUUGAGUCCAACGGGAUCCACGAGAUGACCUUCAACUCAAUCAUGAAGUGUGACGUGGAUAUUCGCAAGGAUCUAUAUGCCAACACGGUGCUAUCUGGAGGUAGCACUAUGUACCCAGGCAUUGCCGACCGGAUGCAGAAGGAAAUCGUAACCCUGGCACCAGGCUCCAUGAAAAUCAAGAUCAUAGCUCCCCCAGAGCGGAAGUAUUCCGUCUGGAUAGGAGGCUCCAUUCUGGCCAGCCUGUCCACAUUCCAGCAGAUGUGGAUCAGUAAGCAGGAAUAUGAUGAGGCUGGUCCUCCCAUCGUUCAUAGAAAAUGUUUCUGAAUGGGCUUCCACGCUAAUGGGCUUACAUUUUCUCUUUUUCUAGGUCAGAGUGAUGGUACUGCUUUAUCCACUUUCAAUUGAGUCAAGGUAAAUAGUCCACUCUUGCUAGUGUGUAAACCAACAAAAUCAUCUCCAUCCAAGGAUGGUGGCCUCCUGCUCAACUACCCACAUCUUGACCUCUAUCAACCUAAUUCUGAAACAUAUUCUAUUUUCCUCACCUAUAGAGUUCAAAGAAAUGUAGACCUCUUAAAUGAAAGUAAGUAAUAAGGAGUAAAAUCCUAAGAAAUGUCCUCUCAGAAUAGAUAACUAGAAUUUCCAAGCUGUAAAAACUAGUUCUUGCUUAAAAUAUUUAACAAUAGGCUGUACAACCCUGUAAAAAAUGUGUAUGUAUUUAACAAACAUAUCUUAUGAGUAUUUUCACUUUAUUUUACUAUUUUGUGUAGAUAUCAUGAAUUAUAAGGGUGAAUAAUAUCCAUAUGUACAUAAGUACCAGGGAAAUAAAAUAUUAUAUCUUGAAAUAUACUGAUAAAUCUGGCUCUCUGAACAGCUAAUGUGAAUUUCUUAACUCCUUAAGGGUAACCAUUUUAGUAGCUUCAUAUUUUAAUUGUUCCCCUUAUUAAAUAAGCAUAAUGAAACAGCCAACAUUCCAUUAACGUUGUUUAUAAAUCAACUCAAAUUCCAGCUCAGUGUGGAGUUCUGCUUGUCAAACACCUAUUUUAAGGUCUUACUUAUUGAACUUCAUUCUACUUGUAAAACAGCAAAGCUACAGAAAACGCCUAACCUUUAAAAUAGAGAGAUAUUCUAAUAUCAAAUUCAUGUCAAUAUGCUACAGUUUGAUGAGAAUAAUUUUAUCUCUAUUUCUCAGCAUAAUAACACAUCUUGAAUAAUUUCCAUAGGCCAUGAUUUUGGAUAUUUCUCUUAUCAAGGGUUUCACUGUGGGAAAACAUAGCUGCAGCAUCUUUGUAAAUUAUAAAUUCUAGCUCCAGUAUAGUGAUUCCAAUUUUAUUCUUGGAAAUAUUUCAGAAUAAUUCCGAUUUAUUACAUCUAGUAGUUGGCAAUACUUCCUUAUGCAAAGUGUCUCUAAGACACUAAUAUCUUAGAAAAUAUCAAUGUAUCUUCCUUUAAUGUUUAAAAUUUUUUAAUGAAUUCAAUGAUGAUUUUCAACGUACUACUGGAUCUAUUUGAAUCUAUGCUGUGAUUUUUUAUUAUCUAGAUA